AUGACAUUUGAGUACCUGAUACAACGAUUCAUCAACGACGUACAGAUGCACAAGGAUGAGUUUAUAGAGCCAUCUAUAUCACGCAAUAGAGCAAAUCAGACAGGUUGUCCAAAGGGUAUCCUUGAACGUGCUUAUAAUAUAUACAAAGAAAGGCACGAUUCACAGAUGCUCUUGCAUGGCGACGGCGCCUUUGCAUUUGAGAUAGCUGAGAUCAUGACGAGACUGCCAAACAUCCGGCAUGUCACGCUCCAUGAUGGCGCUCUUGAAAACAACUAUGAUCUCGGCCGCAAGUUUGAUCCAGUUGACGAACAAGACACCUCGGCCCAAGCCGAUAUUUUGAUUCGAGUUCUUUCUCGACCGAUGCUAUGGGAGGAAGCACGUUGGAUCCAACCGAACGAAUUCAUCUGGCCUGGGGUUCCGACAAGGUUACUGGUGGAUAUUCCACUAGCACUGGGCAAAACCGACUCACUGGUUAUCGAUCAACUCUCUAUCCUUGUAUCAGCUGCGCCGGAUUACAUGACAAUGCAGCUCAGCAGAGAUGACCGGGACAAGUUAUCAGAAGCCAUCAAACGACUCGACCUUUUCCAGUUUAACUUUUCGCCUCGGUGUCGGAGCGGUUGUGGUCCGUGGACAAAAAAUGAAGAAGAGAACGAUACUGUUAGGACAGCAAGUGAGAUGGAGGCUGUAAAUGAAUACUUGAGCGCACUCUUUAACGCCGGAUGCAUCACACACGCUGAUAUAAAUCUUGGCGAGUUUUGGUACAGCUUGGGGUUUAAAUCUAUGCUCGCUGCUCCGACUUCAGUUGGUAUUGGGUUUAUGUGGCCUUUGGAGUCUGACUUGCGCUCAAUUCAUCUCACCGAGAUCUCUGUCACCACUAUUGAACUCGGAGCAUUGGCUAGGGCUCUCGGUAUUGGAUCAGAGGUUUCGUUGUUUCUUGUUCACAUCAGAGAGGGCUCAUGGCGAGAUGCUCUUCAAAGAUUGAGAGAAGGGCUACAUAAUCCGCAGUCGGUUUACAUCAGACAUCCAUCUGGUGGUGAGAUUCAUAGUCUCACGGAUGAUCAAAUCAAGUCAGCUUUUAGCUGUCAACACACUGAGGAGGGCACAAAAGCUGAAUGCUAUGCUAUGGGGAGAAUCUUAGAAAAUCCAUUCAAUGCGUUUAGAUAG